CCCAAAAAAGUAUCCAUCUAUCAGAAGAUCCAGGAGACGAACCUCCCUGCCCCUGUUCUGUUCCCACGCGAGCGGUAAGCCGCCAGGCGGCCACGACCAGGGCUGUUGCCAUCGCCUGCUCCACGAUCGGAUGUGUGCACGGCGGCGCAGACCGCGGACGACGGGACUAAUCCAUCCCCGCUCACUUUGGUUCUGAUCCCUGCAGGGCAGCAGACAUUGAUUCAGUUUGAAACCAACAACCCACAGAUUCAGUUUAGAACUAGUACAAUAUAUAUGCUGCUAUAAUUGGUUAUACGUGCCAAAAGGAAGGCUAGGCUUCCAAUAAAAAGGAUUCAAAUUUUGAAUACACAGUGUUCAAUUCCUGGGACGAGCUGCUGCAGACCAGCCUUGUUGGAGGCGACAUGGUCAACACAAGGUCCAGGAGUCUUCCUAACGAGGAAAUGGAAGGGGCGCUGGCCAGUGGCGAGGACCGCAUCGGUGCCCUCCCCGACGACCUCCUCCAGAACGUGAUGUCCUUCUUGCUUUCCCGCGACGCCAUGCGGACGUGCGUGCUCGCUAGGCGCUGGAGCACGCUCUGGAAGUCCGUGCCUGCCCUACGCAUCGAGGAUGACCUUGCGACUGACUCCAACAAGUUCGUGGAUGAGCUGCUGCGUCUCCGUGACCCAGCGCCAUUGAACGUAUGUGACAUCUGUGAUGUGUCCGAGGAUUCGGAUACAGAGGAUCCUGAAACUUUUUGCGAGGAGGCAUACAAUCGCAUUGCGCCGUGCCUUCGGUAUGCUUUGUUGCAUCAAGUUCGGGUGCUACGAGUCUCUGCUCCUGUCUUCCCAACUGACCUGGUUCUCGUCUCUUCACACCUGAAGAGGGUAGAGCUUUGUCAUAUGCAGUUUGAAGACUCUCUGGAUUUUUCGAGCUGCCAGGUGUUAGAUGUGUUAGAGAUGACAGAUUGUAACAUCUAUGCGCCUAUCAUUUGCCAGUCAUUACGACACCUUAACAUGAAAGGCGGAUGUUUUGACAAUGAAGUCCGCUAUCAUAUUUCUGCCCCAAAUCUCGUUAGCUUGAAACUAGCUCCAGAGUCGGGCCUGACUCCAUUGCUUGAUAGCAUGCCAUCACUGGUAACAGCAUCUGUUGAAUCUUCCGAAGAGGAGUUUCAUCACUGUUUUGCUUUGCUAUCAUGUGAUGAUGGAUGCACUAGGGAAGAAACAUUUUCUGUGGUUUUGGAAGGCUUGUCUGCUGCUACAAACUUAGAGUUGACAAGUGAUGAUCUGUUAUCUGUUUUCAGAAUGGAUUUGAAAUGGUCCCCUGUGUUUAGCAAAGUAAAAAUGUUGUUGCUGAAUAAUUGGUGUGUGGCUGGUGAUUUCACUGGAUUGGUUUACUUUCUCCAGCACUCACCAAUUCUAGAGACACUCACGCUACAACUUAAUAUUCCAACUCCUAAGAAACAACGUGUGAAUGGAACAGAUGAAAGAUAUGCCCCAAAGAAGCAAUCAUUACCAUCGAAGCAUCUCAAGAUAGUCAAAAUCAUAUGUGGCCUGAUGAAGGACGAUGCUAGAGUUUACCGUGCUUUGAAGAUGCUCUGUGCCCAUGGAGUGCCUUUUGAGAAAAUUGACAUCCAAUAGAACCCUCUUCGGUUGUUCGACUGCUUCUAUAUCGAGCUGGGGGGGUGGAGGCUUACUUACAGCUGUGCUGGUCUACUUUCUCUACGUCCCCGAAUCACAUCAUGAAGUUGCUGUGUUUUGCCUACCGGACCAGGAUCUCGUCCUAUAUUCGUCUGACAGAACUCGUAUGUAAACUGGUGUAUGUCUUGCUUGGAUGCAGCUGGAGCAAGUCGUUGCAGUUUCAUCGUAGUUCUGCUAGUUUAGUUUUGCUCGUUUCCUGAACUUUCCCCUCGCAAGGCCUGUAUUUUGCCAAGAUGCUUCAUCUAGCUUUAUUCCAGGAUCGCCCUAGGUUGUUUCCAGAUGUGUUAUACUAUAAAUUCCGUCUCCUGUUACCAGAAAAUUGUUUUCCAGAUGUAUAUGUCUGGCAUUUGCUGCACC